UACUUUCAGCCGUUAACGGUUGUAUCAUUUGCGCCUUUCGGGAGAGGAGGCUGGUGAAGUGCUACCGACGGCUGCAUAUGCAUGAUAAACAUUUUUUGCCGAAGAAAUAAACCCUUUUCAUUUUCAUCUUAACGGGGUGCCAACAUUUCUUUUGCCUUUGUCAAAUUACCGUAUGCCCGUUCCUCGGGUAGCGUGUAAUGUUGGCUAGUUAAUUGAUUUGUGUCAGUGGAGCAAUACCGUUAGGUGUCAACUGAAGGGAGACAUUUUUAUUUCUCAUCAUCAGACGUCCGUUUCCUGCCCUGUUUAUCCGCCUUAAAGCCAUCUCCUCUGCUUGAACCGAGCCUCACCGCGGCUUAUCUUCUGAGGAGACCCGACUGACUGCGCCGAAAUGGGGUAUGGACGGUCAGACAGCUACCGCGUGGCCACCACGCAGGACAAGGAUGAGAAGGAGUCGCCUAAGAAGAAGGCAGUCAAGGACAUGGAUGACCUCAAAAAGGAAGUUCCCAUCACGGAACACAAAAUGUCUGUUGAAGAGGUUUGCCGGAAAUACGCCACUGAUAUCGUCCAGGGUUUGACCAACGCCAAGGCAGCGGAGUACCUGGUCAGGGAUGGCCCCAACGCUCUGACUCCGCCCCCCACCACCCCAGAGUGGGUCAAGUUUUGCCGCCAGCUGUUCGGCGGCUUCUCCAUCCUGCUGUGGAUCGGCGCCAUCCUCUGCUUCCUGGCUUACGCCAUCCAGGCGGCCACGGAGGACGAGCCCGCUGGGGAUAACUUGUAUCUGGGUAUCGUGCUGUCAGCCGUCGUCAUCAUCACCGGCUGCUUCUCCUACUUUCAGGAGGCGAAGAGCUCCAAGAUCAUGGAGUCCUUUAAGAACAUGGUCCCUCAGCAAGCCCUGGUGAUCCGUGAGGGAGAGAAGAUGCAGAUCAAUGCGGAGCAAGUGGUGGCAGGAGACCUGGUGGAAGUGAAAGGAGGAGACAGGAUCCCUGCAGACCUCCGCAUCGUCUCCUCCCAUGGCUGCAAGGUGGACAACUCGUCCCUGACCGGUGAAUCAGAGCCCCAGACCAGGUCACCUGACGGUACCCAUGACAACCCUCUGGAAACCCGCAACAUCGCCUUCUUCUCCACCAACUGUGUCGAGGGAACGGCACGCGGCAUUGUCGUGUGCACUGGCGAUCGCACAGUGAUGGGCCGCAUCGCCACUCUGACCUCAGGCCUGGAGACUGGCAAGACUCCCAUUGCCAAGGAGAUUGAGCACUUCAUCCAGAUCAUCACAGGCGUGGCCGUCUUCCUCGGCUUGUCCUUCUUUGUGCUGUCAAUCGUCCUGGGUUACUCCUGGCUGGAAGCUGUCAUCUUUCUCAUUGGCAUCAUUGUUGCUAAUGUGCCAGAGGGACUGCUCGCUACAGUCACUGUUUGUCUGACACUGACGGCUAAGCGAAUGGCUCGCAAGAACUGCCUGGUGAAGAACCUGGAGGCUGUGGAAACACUGGGCUCCACCUCCACCAUCUGCUCCGACAAGACGGGCACCCUGACCCAGAACCGGAUGACCGUGGCCCACAUGUGGUUCGACAACCAGAUCCACGAGGCCGACACCACCGAGGACCAGUCCGGCUGCUCCUUCGACAAAAGCUCCACAACAUGGGUGUCUUUGGCCCGCAUCGCUGCCCUGUGCAACCGCGCCGUCUUCAAGGCCGGCCAGGACGCUUUGCCCAUCCUGAAGCGCGAUGUGGCCGGCGACGCCUCCGAGUCCGCUCUGCUGAAGUGUAUUGAGCUGUCCUGUGGCUCCGUCAAAGCCAUGAGGGAGAAGAACAAGAAGGUGGCCGAGAUCCCCUUCAACUCUACCAACAAGUACCAGCUCUCCAUUCAUGAGAACGACGAUGAAAACGACAACCGCUACCUGCUGGUGAUGAAGGGAGCUCCGGAGAGGAUCCUUGACCGCAGCUCCACCAUCAUGGUGCAGGGCAAAGAGCAGCCCAUGGACGAUGAGAUGAAAGAGGCCUUCCAGAACUCCUAUCAGGAACUGGGCGGACUGGGAGAGAGAGUGCUAGGUUUCUGCCACGUGUUCCUGCCAGAGGAUAAGUACCCCAAGGGCUUCGCCUUCGACACAGAUGACGUCAACUUCGAGACGGACAACCUCUGCUUCGUAGGCCUCAUGUCCAUGAUUGACCCUCCCCGGGCUGCCGUGCCUGAUGCCGUGGGCAAAUGCCGCUCUGCUGGCAUCAAGGUAAUUAUGGUGACUGGUGACCACCCAAUCACAGCCAAGGCCAUUGCUAAAGGUGUGGGUAUCAUCUCUGAGGGUAACGAGACAGUGGAAGACAUUGCUGCACGUCUAAACAUCCCCAUCAGCCAAGUCAACCCAAGGGACGCCAAAGCCUGUGUGAUCCACGGCACGGAUCUGAAAGACCUCGAUCAGGGUGCGAUGGACGAUAUUCUGAAGAACCACACUGAGAUCGUCUUUGCCCGAACCUCCCCGCAGCAGAAGCUCAUCAUCGUAGAAGGUUGCCAGAGACAGGGUGCCAUCGUGGCUGUGACAGGCGACGGCGUCAACGACUCACCCGCCCUGAAGAAGGCUGACAUCGGCGUCGCCAUGGGAAUCUCCGGCUCAGAUGUGUCCAAACAGGCUGCCGACAUGAUCCUGCUGGACGACAACUUUGCCUCCAUCGUCACGGGAGUGGAGGAAGGCCGUCUGAUCUUUGACAACCUGAAGAAGUCCAUCGCGUACACUCUGACCAGCAACAUCCCAGAGAUCACCCCCUUCCUGUUCUUCAUCCUGGUCAACAUCCCACUGCCUCUGGGCACCAUCACCAUCCUCUGCAUUGACCUGGGAACAGACAUGGUACCGGCCAUCUCUCUCGCAUACGAAGCGGCAGAGAGCGACAUCAUGAAGCGGCAGCCCAGGAACCCACAGAGGGACAAACUGGUCAACGAGAGACUCAUCAGUAUCGCCUAUGGGCAGAUCGGUAUGAUCCAAGCUCUCGGUGGGUUCUUCGCAUAUUUCGUCAUCAUGGCUGAAAAUGGUUUUCUGCCGUCCGAGCUCGUCGGCAUCCGGCUCAACUGGGACGAUCGCUCCAACAACGACCUGGAGGACAGCUACGGGCAGCAAUGGACCUAUGAGCAGCGGAAGAUCGUGGAGUUUACCUGCCACACGGCAUUCUUCGUCAGCAUCGUGGUGGUGCAGUGGGCAGACGUCAUCAUCUGCAAGACCAGGCGUAACUCUGUGUUCCAGCAGGGCAUGAAGAAUAAGAUUUUGAUCUUUGGGCUGUUUGAGGAAACGGCUCUGGCUGCUUUACUGUCCUACUGCCCCGGCAUGGACGUGGCACUACGGAUGUACCCGCUCAAGCCCAGCUGGUGGUUCUGUGCGUUCCCGUACAGCUUCCUCAUCUUUGUUUACGAUGAAAUCCGGAAACUCAUCCUUCGCCGAAACCCUGGAGGCUGGGUGGAAAGAGAGACAUACUAUUAAAUUAUCAAAGCAUAAUUUCCUUCUCACCCCUUCUUCUCGUUGUGCCCCCUCGCGUCUCCUCCUUCCUUCCCCCCAUCCUUCCUCACCCGUCACCAUGCUCGAUCUAUACAAGAAGAUGAUGCUCCUACACAUCCUCCUCUCAAUCCUCAUCGCUCACAAAGAAACAACAGGACCAAUGAGACAGGGCAGGGCAGGAGGAUACAAAUCUUCUGCCUCAUCUGUUUCCUCUGUCCCUCUUUUUAUUUUUCUAUUCAAAGUGUCUACAGCACUCGUCUGCAGGUAACACCGUCGUGCUGCACUGCUGUGUGUAGACCGGCAUGAAGAACGGAGCCAGAAGCCCGACUGUUCUGCGGCCAUCUUUGUCCCCAGCAGAACCACAAAGGGCCAGCUCCUGUCUCCACUCAUGUCCCUGCUCACGUCCCCACUGCCACUCGCAGUGUCUUAGCGUGGUCCCUUUCUUUCUGCCAGGUCCUGGCACCCAGAUCCAGCUCCUUACUCACUGCCGUUCCCUCGGUGCUCUUCUCUCUUUCUACUUCCAAGAAAUCACUGCCAAUUUACUACUGCCGUCUCCUCCUCCUCCUCCUCUCUCUUCCUCCCAUAUCAAUAAAGAAUCAAAUUCACCCAAACAAUCAUUCGCACCCUCAACAGGGUGGAGAAAAAACUCACUUCCUUCUCUAUCAUUCCUUCCUUCCUCCUCCACAUGUGUCCUUUUCUGCCUGUGUUGUUGUUGUUGUUUUCUAAAUGACGACUGGCUGUUUAGAAAAAUAAAAAUAGUUUGUGAAAGUUCAUUUUUGGAGCUGGAGUCUGAGAGCUGCUUAUUUUUAUUGAGGCUUGCAAAAGUACACUGUCUCCCCCUCUCUUCCCCCCGUCUAUAUGUCUGUUUGUCUGACUGUUUGUGAACAGCGUGCAACCCCCCCCCCCCACCUCCACCCACUUUCUCCACUCUGCCUCCCCUCCCCUUAUAAGCCCCCCACCCACCCAACCUCACCCCCGAUUAAAUAGAAUAAAAAUACAAUCUUUCUGUGUCCUCAGAAAAAAAGAGAUUUCUCUCCAAUUUCAUUAUCUAAAUCAGUGGAAAUGUUGAGCAAGGCACUGUGCCUUAACUUAUCUCCAACUAACAGCAGCCAAAAAAAGAAAGAAAAUGAAGUAAAAAGAUGGAUCUCUCUUUUUUCAGCUUGGUCUACGGUUUGUUUUUGUGUUGAGUUUUGUCAGAAAAUGGAAAUAAAUGCUGUGUGACCAACUUUA